GCAAGUGCGUGUGGGUAGGGAGGCCUCUGGGGCUAUCCACGAUACGCACCUGCCGCGAGGGUUGGCGAUUGUGAGAGAGAAAGAAAAGUCGAAAGAAAAGGUUGGGCGAGUGACAAAAAAAAGUAAAGUGAUUGGUCACACGCUUCCUCUCCCCACACGCAACCUUCUCCAUCUCUCACAUCCUAGCUGCGGCGGCGGCGGCUCCCCAUGCCCUCAUCUUCUUCCUCUCGUCCUCUCCGUCCGGUUCUUGGCCGCCUCCACCACUACGGCUUCAUCUACGUCGCCAGCCCGUGGUGGAAGCAGGCGGAGGCAAAUCAACCGCAGAGGCUUGACGGCCAGAGCGAUGGCGGCCGGCGUGGCCCUGGAAGGUCGGGCGAUGUCGCCAUAUCGGCCGUCCCGAAGGCCGGGAUGCGCUGCCACUCAGCUCUCUCCCCCAACAGAUCGAAGGCCGAAGCGGCGGCAGUUUGGACUGAGAACUGCAGGUGCGAGGUGCGGGGUAUUCUCUGCCCACUUCCAAUCAUGCCCCCUUUGCAACUUCUUUAUUUCUUGGGAUUGGACAAUGCACUCUAUGUCUUGAUGAAUUGGUCACUUGCCACGGCUUCAGUUAUAGCAUAAGGAUUUUCCUUGGGAAUAAUGGAGCUAAUUCAAUGACAAGAAAGCAACUAUGAAGUACAUCAGAUAGAUGUUCAAAAAACUAUUCUAAAUGGUUUGGUCAAAAUCAAGGAUCUGGAUCAUCUAGCUAUACUGAAAGGCUAUCUUUGUGAUAUAUAUUUUUUCCUGUUGCUUUCGAAUCAUAGAGGCUUCCUAAUCUUUUUUUGUAUGCAUCAGAGUGAUGAAUCGACUUGACAUCAAUCAUCUUUCGAGUUUUGGGAGGGAGCAAUUUUGGCACUAUAUCCUAACCUUAAGUGGUGCUUAUGAGAAUUUGACUUGAAAAACACACUACCGCAUAUACCAUAUCAGAUAAAGAUGUUACAAAAUAUAAUUUGGAGGACAACUGUCAGUGAGCUUAAGGACGUUGCCUUCUUCGCUCCUUAUGUAUGUGUAUAACUUGGUCCCUUUAUGUUGUCGUCAUGUGUUGAAGCCCAAGAUUCAUUUUUCGCUAUGUGUUUUGCCCUUAUAUUUUCAUGCAUGUUCCUGUCUGCUUUGAUUUGCCAAUUGACACGUGUUCUCAUGACCACCAAUACACCCAACACUGCAAAGAGGGCCUUUUCUCUGAGAGAUAAAAGGAACGCUGGGCUCAAAUGUGUGCUUUGGAGACAAAGAGCUGCUGAAUUCAAUGAUAAUGGCUAGAGCUCUGCUGCUGUUGGGAUCUUUUUUGGUGUCCUUAUAAAAUAUUAUAACAGUGGGUUUGUUUUUUAACAUUUGAUGCAUUGCCUUCUCAAUACAUAUAUCCAGUUCUGGUUUUAGUGAGCACCUGAAGCAAGAUGGUACCUCAAUGAAGACUUGCCUAAUAUUGACUCUUGCUUUGAAAGAUGUGUUCUAGAGGAAGAAGAUGGAGUUCUAUAAUUCUAUAGAAGAAUUGGGCUUAAAUCUUACUGUUCAAACAGCUGAUGCCAUCCAGUUUUUUUUGCAAAGGAUGUUAAUAUUAUCGCAAAACCUUCAGUAUUGAAGCUAGCAAGUUGACAUCAGCAAUCAAUCAAGUUAUCGCUCAACUACCUAACAGUUCAAUAUGAGGUGAAGCUGAUCUCUAUAUAUAUACCUCUUCUGUUUCAAUUGCAGGUCGGGGUAGCAUGUGCCGUUGAGAGGAAGGUGAGAUGCGAAAGGGGAGAGGAGAUGUCAAAGGUUGCAAAGAGAAGAAAUGCUAUCUAGGCACAACUCGGAGGAGAGAGGCAGGCAAAUCACUAGCGGUCUAUUAUUGUUCUGAUUUCCACCUUCUAGAAUGGUCUUUUAGCCAUAGAAAUGCUAAUGUCAAACUUGUUUUCUUAUAAUUUAUGAAUUAUCAACUAUGUGGAGCAUCAAGUUUUGACGUGUUCAGUGUGUGUGUGAUAACAAUUCUCUGAUUAUGGUUAGUUGUGCACAACUUGCACAUAAGCAUUAUUAUUCAACAUUUUUCACUCUAUACAAUUUUGAUCUGAAUCAACUAUGCCAACCUUGCAUGCUGGUAGCUUCAUCUACACAUUAUACUUUUGUGCUGACUAAGACUAACCUGGAUUUCUACCAGUGAAUGUCUUCUGAAACUGUAAACCCUGAAACUUGACUUGCUACCAAUAUUCUCAGAUGAACAUGGUUGGCUUCUUAUUUUUAAUGGGCUCAAAUAUAUAGACUUAAGCCAAAAUUAGCAAACAUUAUGAAACUGUAUUGGUUAUCACAUAUGAAAUCAGUAUUCCAAUAUGCAGACCCACAGUUUGAAGCUCAGCAACUACUGUCAGAAAACAAAAAUAUAAUACAACCAUUCAAGGUCAGGUGCGAAUGCAGGAAGCUAAAAGAGGGUGUCAGCACGCUUGUGAUUGUAAAAAAUCGACCUCCGUUCUGAUUCCUACGGAGGCUCAUCCAUCUUCCUCUACCCAAAUACCCAAUGACUGUAUUCCUAAAUAUGCAGGCCAUGUCUUGCACGUGUUACCAUGAUGCAACUGUUAAUAUUGGGACGAGAUUGAGCCGCAACUGUACGGUAAGGAGGCGCCCCAUGGGGCGCCCCAACCACUAGUUCACAUUAAUCCCGUCACAUUAAUCCCAUCAUCCUUCUUCGUCUACGCCCACAAACCGUCACGCCGGCACAUUCACAACGCUCGCGCGCGCGAGAGAGAGAGGGAGCUCGGCGCUGGGCGGCAAUGGCGGCGCAGUGGAAGGCGCUCGCGGAGACGGCGAACUCCGAGCUCGCCACGGCCUCCUUCCACCCCUUCGGGGAGCACUUCAACCACGCCACCGCCGAGCUCGGCUUCCGCAGGCUCCAGAUGCACCACCUAACCAGCGGAACCAUCGCCGCCUCCGAGAGCGUCGACCUCGACGGCUCCACCGCGCUGCUCGAGAACGCCGCGGGCGAGAUGGCGCGCUGCGUCGAGCUCCAGAGCAGGGCCAUGCGCGCCUUCUCCCUCUACGGCGGGGCCCUCGGGGUCAUCGCGGACGGCCCGCUGUGGGCCUACCUCGACGGCGGCCCGGAAUCCGCCGACCCGCGGUGGCAGAGCUGGGCGCAGCACAAGGUCGACGCCCUCCGCAGCACCGAGCACGCGACGCGGACGCUCCGCUCCGCCGCGGCCUGGGACCUCGCGGCCGUCGACGCCUUCGCCGUCGCGCGGAGCUUCCCCGACUAUUCCCCACCCUGCAUUGCGUGGUUGCGGGCGACUCAGACUCUCGCGGAACGUGCCGUGGCGGAGGCCCACGCAACGUCGCAGAGCGAGGCGGCCAUGUUCACCGCCCUUUCCGGACAGUACAACGCCGGCUUCCUGAUUUGCAAUCCCUAAGCACCUCUCAGCGCGCGUGGCAGCUCCAUCCUCCAUGCACGGAGGCCAGCAUUCAGCUACCCGAUCGAUCGACAAGCCUCUCUUCAUAAUAAAUCCCCUGCAGGUUUUCCGUUUUUUCUUCCCAGCUUCUUUCGAAGAUACCAGUUGGUGACUGCGUGGUCGAGCUUGCUCUGCCCCCAAGAAGCUUGCCCUGGAGAUUCUGCUUGUGUAGAUAGGCAUUUUAUUCGUUCAAUCAUCUGUGAUCCGUGGUUGAACUCUAAACUCUUGAUCAGAUCAUAUGCACAUGUAUCCGCUUCGCUUGGUGUUGAUGUUAAGGCAAGCAUGCUGGUUGCUCAUCUUUUGUUGGACUCAAAG